AUGAAUCCAGACUGGAUCGACCUUGGUGUAGCGAAAUCAUGGAUGGACAAGUGCAUUGCAGAGCAUGGAUCAGAAUGCCAGGGUACUCUGAAUCUGCAGACCGUCUCUCCUGCGUGGCUUAUCGAUACAAAAGACGAUUGCUUGGUGCCAGGCACGACCAGUAACGAAUAUAUUGCUUUAAGUUAUCGUUGGGGGCCAUCAACAGCUCCGCAAAUGGACAAUGAGACCUUUGAACAGAUGGGAGUCCCCGGUGGCCUUUCAAAACAACAGUCCUUUCUCACACCCACUGUCCGAGACGCGAUCCACACCGUCCGCAAACUUGGCGAGCGAUAUUUGUGGGUAGAUGCCAUAUGCCUUCCACCUGAUGAUAUCGAACAGGUGUCACAGCAGCUGCAGCUUAUGGGAUCUAUCUAUGCUUCCGCAAAGCUCACCAUUGUUGCGCUUGACGGUGAUGCCAACACCGGCUUCCAAGGCCUUGAGGGCCAAUCAUCUCCCAGGAAACUGUCAAAUUUGUUCCCUUGGAAGACGAAUACGAACCUACUGUUAAGAGAUCAGCCCAAGCUCUCGGCCAUGGACGUACAAGCAUCAGAAUACUUUACCCGGGGUUGGACAUAUCAAGAAUACAUGCUGUCUCAGCGACGGCUAAUCUUUGGCAAUCAGCAAAUCCACUGGAAAUGCUCUUGUGCAGAAUGGCACGAAGAUCUUCCUACUCUCCAGGAAGAACAAAGAGGAAAGUCUGUCCGACCCAAGUCACUAGGAUUUCCCAACAUCAAACGGGGGCUGUCGGAUAUCCGAGAGUUCGGCAUAUUGAUCAACGAGUACAACGCCCGACAGCUCAAAUAUCCUGAAGAUGCUUACCCAGCUGCGGAUGGUCUCCUGAACUAUCUAGGAAAGCUUGCGUUUCCGGGAGGGUUCUUGUUUGGUCUACCUAGAAUAUACUUUGGCAUUGCACUAAUGUGGUCUAUUGAAUUCGGCAUGGCUAAUCCCAGUAGACCCCAAAGACCUGGUCUGGCUCGAAGGAUGCCCUCCGAAAGAAGUCAUUCCAUUCUACCAAACACGCAUCUCCCAUCAUGGUCCUGGGUUGGAUGGAGCGGAUAUGGUGUUCAUAUGCUCGAUAGAGAAGCUCAAUUUCGAUGGGCGGACUUGUUGCUUGCCGAGAACGGCUGGAGCCCUGUUCAACUCAUAAAGACUUCGAGUGUCACCAUUCCAAUCACCGAGUGGUUCAGCCAUAGCUCUAAGGACUUGAACAUUACAAAAGCCCUGCCGCAUUCUGCUACUGUAUAUGAAGAUUCGGAACUUUCUUACGACAAACGUGUAUGGACUCGGAAGGAGUUCGACCCUGUCAAGCACGGGAUAAAGGCUGAAGGCUUCAACCCGCCUUUUGGAUUCAGUGGGAAACAUAUUUACGAACACGUCAAUCUUCCUGGUAAAUACUUCUGGUGGCCUCUCCCACCUUCCAGCGCGACACAUAUAGAUGAACCAGACAAUACCAGCCAUAGCCCUCUCAUCUCCUGUCAAGCAAAGCGUGCUUGGCUUGCAGCCGCCAAAAUGGUCCGCUGGAGCCGAGAUGUCAACAUGGAUGCUCAUCUACGUUUGCUAGACAAGAAAGGAAAACUUUGUGGAUGGCUCCAACUUCCAAACAAUGACGAAAUAGACAGGUUUCCGGAGCCAGUGAUUGAAGAGGGAAUGGGUAAACAUGUUGAUACAUUGGGCUUGGAAGGGGUCGUUCUCAACCCAUCGCCUACACAGGAACAGUCGCUGGAACUGGUUGCCAUUUGCCGAUGCAAGUUUGCCGACAUCGAAACAAUCGACGACAAGAUACAGUACAAAGAGUUCUAUGGUGUGCUUUGGGUCGAGUGGGUUGAUGGUAUUGCCUAUAGGAAGGGAUGCGGAUAUGUAAAGAAAGAACUCUGGGAAGAACAGGAUCUUGAGGACGUUAAUUUGAUUCUCGGGUGA